CCUCUUCCUCACACUCCCUUCCCCUUCCCAACCAGAUCGCGCGCGCGCCAAUCUAGGGUUUCUCCCCGCCGUCCUCCCUCCUCUCGCCGACGAGGUGCCGGUCAAGUUCGGGCGAUGAAGCUCGCGGGGCUCAAGUCAGUGGAUGGUGCCCACGAGGAGUCCAUCUGGGCGGCGGCGUGGGCGCCCGCCGCCGACCACCGCCCCACGGCGGUGCUCCUGACAGGCGCGCUCGACGAGACCGUCCGCGCCUGGCGCCCCGACGACCUCGCCGCCGUGGGCCCCCCCGCGAGGGGCCACGCGCUCGGGGUCGUCUCCCUUGCCGCCCACUCCGCGGGCGCGCUCGCCGCCGCCGUGUCUCUCGACAGCUUCGUCCGCGUCUUCGACGUCGACUCGGGGGCAUCCGUCGCCACGCUCGAGGCGCCGCCGUCCGAGGUCUGGGGCGUCCAGUUCCACCCCAAGGGUAAUGCUCUGGCUGCAGCUGGUGGUGGUAGUGGGUCAGUAAAGCUCUGGGACACAGAGAAGUGGGAGCCAAUUACCAGCCUUGCUGUCCCACGUCCUGAGGGAGCUCGCCCUGACAAGACAGGCAGUGGCAAGUUUGUCCUUUCAGUUGCCUGGAGCCCUGAUGGAAAGCUCUUAGCCUGUGGGUCAAUGGAUGGCACCAUCGCUGUGUACGACGCAGUCCGCAUGAAGUUCCUCCACCACCUUGAGGGCCACCACAUGCCGGUGCGGUCCAUGGUGUUCUCCCCUGUAGACCCCCACGUGCUAUUCACGGCCUGUGACGACUGCCACAUCCACAUCUACGAUGCCAAGGAGAAGAGCCUCAUCGGGGCCAUGUCGGGCCACGCGAGCUGGGUGCUGAGCAUCGACGUGAGCCCCGACGGCUUGGCUGUGGCAACGGGAUCCAGCGACCGCACAGUCCGGCUCUGGGACAUCAACAUGAGGAGCUCGGUGCAGACAAUGAGCAACCACUCUGACCAGGUCUGGGCCGUUGCCUUCCGACCGCCUGGUGGAGCUGGAGUCCGUGCAGGCCGGCUUGCCAGCGCGUCAGAUGACAAAAGCAUCUCCCUGUAUGAUUACUCAUAGUUUUUGGUACCGCUGCAAGGCCUCUAUUGUAGUUUGUUGGAGUCCAACCAGAGAGACUCAUUUGGCUGUGAAGGUUGGAGGGCCUGUUGUACAAUCCUAAUUGAGCUCCUAGCUUGCAAGCAAAGCAAGUUUUACUUCCUGUUAUUGACUUGUCUCAAUGAGUUGCAUACUUAUACCGAACUUCUCUGCCAGUGAUCUCAGCUUGUAUCGAUUUCAAGUACAUUUAUCUUAGAGGUUGUUGAUUGGUGACACGGUGAUUAAGAUGAGAUUUUAUAAUC